AUGUCUACUUCGACAGUUUCGAAAGACGAACAAGCCUCGCGUGAUCCUGAGAUUGAAACUCAGUUGGAGCCUUCCGUGUCUACCCAUGGCGAGACAGACGAAGAAAGAAGUGCAGGAAGCCCUGCACCCGAAUCUGACGAUGAGUCGGAUGAGGAAGUGCUGAGGAGCAUUGGCAGCGUUGAAGGUGAAGAACUGCUUGCAUUCUUUGACAAAGUGCGAAAUGCCUACCAAAUCGACACAAGCAGCCUUCCUCUACCCCAACUGGUUGCUGUUGGAGGUACCAGCUGCGGUAAAUCCUCGCUCUUGCAGGCCCUCACAAAGCUUCCAUUUCCAGUGGACAACGGCAUCUGCACGCUCUUCGCCACGGAGACCACCAUCCAUCGAUGCGAUCCCUUCAAACAUCCUCACUACACUAUCACCAUCGAGACGAAAGGAGGGGGAAAUACAUUCUUGCCCCGUGAAUACUCGAAUGAAUCUUGGGCAAAUGUUUCUCAGCACCUCAAAGAGGAUCUGAAGGAUGUAUUUGCACAGCAGCAUGCGCAAAGCAAAACCCCCAGAGUGCAUGGUGGGAAGACAGGGCUUGAUCGACUCCAUGAGCAGGUCAUGAGGGUCAAUGUAUACAAGCAUAACCAGGCCCACUUCAGCGUGGUUGAUAUUCCUGGACUCAUCAGUGGUGGCUCUAGAGCGGAUCAGAGAUUAUCUGAGAGUCUUGCCCGUCAAUAUAUGGCAAACCCUCGUGCGAUUGUUCUGGCGGUGAUGCCUGCCGUUGACGAUAUCCAUAACCAAGCUGUUCUUCGUCUUGCAAGAGAGGAAGGAGCGAUGAACAGGACAAUCGGAGUGAUUACCAAAUGCGACAUGUUGCAGAAAAAUGACGAGCCAAAGACUAUUGAGCUCCUGAAGAAUCAGAAUUCCGAGUACCGGCUCAAUCUUGGAUGGUUUGCUGUCCGCAAUCGAACAACUGAAGAAGUCGAGAAGAACCUGUCACACCAGAAGCGUGAUGAAAAAGAGCAUCAGCUAUUCAGCCAGGAACCCUGGUCGAGCUUGAAGAGCAAUUUCGUGGGCCUUGCCAAUUUGAAUCGAUGUGUCUCCGAUACACUGUACAAACAUGUCAAGAAAAGUUUUCCUGGUGUUCAAAAAGACAUCAACAGAAAGCUGAGAGCGGCUAGACAUGACUUGGACCUGCUUGGCCCCUCGAGAGAUAACGAGAAAAUGCAGAUGCUUUAUCUCGAUGAUGUUCAAAGACAGUACAAAGACUUGGCACAAAAGUGGUUGGCCGGGAUUUACAAAGAGGGUUGCGCUCCUGAUGAUCCCUCAAAACUGACGAUCCAUUUGAUAGAUCUAGAAGAACAAUUCCAAAUACACAUCGAGCGCCAUGGGACAAACUUCAGAUAUCUGUCAAAGGACGAGAUUUUGUACCGACUAAGGGAUCUAGACUAUGGUACUGUACCCGAAAUGUGGGAGACCAAGAUGUUGGAAGUCGAUGAUGUCUUGUCUUGGAUCCUGCGGUUCUGGAAUGAAAACCGCAGCGAUGGCCUAUGGUACAAGGACCCCAGAGAUCUUGAGGAGAGACUUCUGGAACUCCAAAUCAGAUCCUGGGGACAGUUCGCUCGAGACUAUUUUGACGACGCUUCACAAAAGAUUCGAGCGUUCUCGGAUACCCUGUUGAAUGAUGUGUGCUCCGACAGUGUGAUUCGUGGCAGGAUUCAACAAUCCCUGGAAACUUUGAAGGUGGAGGCUGUUUCUCGGGCAGAGCAGGAGCUCGAUACUAUUCUGAAAGAGCUGGAUAGGAUGACGACCUGCCACCGACAAUAUAAGGAGCAACUCCAAGAGUCGCAUCAGGAACUGAACGAUAUUCUCGCAGGCUGUGGUGACAACAAAUUACGACGCAUUACCUCAGCACAUGUGAACCUGAGAGAAUUCCAGCAGAUGGCACAGUGGCGAUUCAUCGAUAAUGUAAUCAUUCAGGUUGUCAGGCGUCAUCUUUUGGGGGAUUCUGGGCUCGUCUUCUGUUUCAGCACUGACUGGAUUCGAAGCCUCCCAGAGGACCAACUUGAUGAUCUUGUUGGAGAGGAUGAUCGACGAAAGCAAACGCGCGCAGACCUAGAAACCCAGAUCCGGGAUCUGGGAGAGAUCCAGAGGAAAGCAGAGGCUCUUCAAACUAGGCGAUAG